AUGUUUCGUGAAGUAAAGAAGAUGAAAGAUUCUCAGUCGUGUUUGAGGGUUUUGUUUUUCAGAAAGGAUCAUCCGCCACAUAUUCCAACCGGUACCCCCGGUUUUGAAGUCUUCACUUUCUAUCCGACUCUUGAAGAAUUUAAAGAUUUCAAAGGAUGCAUACAAAAAAUUGAAGCUGUAGGUGCACAUCGUAGAUCUGGAAUUUGUAAGAUCGUAGCUCCUGAAGGUUGGACUGCUCGACCAACCAAGGGGAAGUUCAGGUACAAGGAUGACCAGGUUGAACAUUUCAUCAUUCAAAGCCCUGUUAGGGAAACCGUUGCCAGAUGCCCGAAUGAUGGUAUCAUCAAAAGUAAUCAUGUCUAUAAGAAAUCUAUGACAGCAUCCGAAUAUCGAAAGCUUGCCCACAGUUCGAAGUACCGCAAUCCGUAUCCCGAUUUACGGGGCAAAGACCUCGAAAUUCAAUAUUUCAAAAGUAUGUUCAUUUCUAAUCCAAUCUAUGGAGCCGACACGGAAGGUUCUUUCUAUGAUGAGGGUGUUGACGAGUUUAACAUGAAGAAGCUUGAAACCAUUCUUGACGAGACUAAGGAUGCCACCGGAGGAAAGGUGAUUAAAGGCGUAACUUCCGUCUACCUUUACUUUGGAAUGUAUGGCGCAUCGUUUGCAUGGCACGUAGAAGAUAUGGAACUGUAUUCCAUCAAUUACCUGCACUUUGGCUCACCAAAGUACUGGUUCGCAAUUCCUCCAGAAGCCGCUCCUCGUUUUGAGAGACUUAUGCGUCAGCAGUUCCCAACAUAUGAUCGGCAGUGCAAGGCAUUUAUGCGACACAAAAGCUUUAUGGUACUUCCGUCCGUAUUAGAUAAGUACAAAAUUCCGUAUGGCACUAUGAUUCAAUACCCUAAUGAGUUCAUAAUAACGUUCCCUCAUGGAUACCACAUGGGCUUCAAUCUUGGAUACAAUAUUGCGGAGAGUACAAAUUUCGCUACUGAUCGUUGGAUAGACUUUGGAAAGAACGCUGUGUUGUGCAAAUGCCGGUCUGAUAUGGUCGAAAUUGAUAUGACGCCUUUCAUGAAAAAGUACAGGCGAGAUAACUUCGAGAAGUGGUACUCAUACUGGUAUUUGCCCAAACCAACUACAGAAGUCCUUACCAAAAAAAAGAAGAAAAAGCGAGAAGAGACCAUUGAAAGUUACUCGGAUGUUGGUGGAAAGAGGCGACGUACUAGCGAAGGGCCUGAGAUCACAGCAAUGCUCUGGUCCAACGAGCCAGUGAAUUUUUUCGCGGAAAGAACUUUCAAUCAAGCCGCCGCUCGUAUUUUUCCGUAUUGCGCUGUCUGUCAAUAUUUCCAACCCAUUCAUAUGUCGACGUCUACCAGAGAGGUUCCAGAAAGAUCUCAACGACUAGCAUUUGGUCUUUGUUUUGCCAAAGAUCCACGCCGACUUCCCACUGUGGAUUUAACGGAAGAUCGUCUUUUGACAUGCUCCAAUUGCUGCGUGACAGUUCAUCCUUCUUGCUAUGGUGGCCAAUCUCUUAGUUCGGCAGUGACCGGAUCCUGGCUCUGCUUCCGUUGUAAGGAUAGAAAUGACGUAGCUAUUCGAGGUACUUCAUGUCAUCUCUGUGAGCUUCGAGGAGGUGCGCUAUUACCGUGCCGUGCUGGGGCAGAUAUUUGUGCUUUCGUGCAUACAGUUUGCGCUAUUUUCAAUCGGAACUAUCUCCCAAGAGAUUAUGUUUUCGAAAUGGGGGAUGACUAUGAAUCCUCUCGCUUUCAGUGUGAUUUGUGUGGUCAUUCUAGAGAAGGUCUUCUAAGGUGUUCAGCAUGCGAUGAGAAUGGUGACCCAGUUUUGGCUCAUGCUACUUGUGCACGCCAAGCAGGAUUCUUGUUUGAACGACGAAACUAUCCUCAAGUAACUGUCAUGAUUUGUGAUCGGCAUCAAAAAUCUGAAGACAUUCUCUAUGAAGUGAGCACAACAGUGGGACCGCUGAUGGAUGUGAAUUUGGGUGACAUUGUGAUAGCUUGGAUGGACGGCGGUUCUCGGGUACGACAGGGCAGGGUGGAACGUUUGGUGCUACGAACGCUGUUAACAAUCGACUUUGAAGACGGAUCAGUUUCGGAAAACACAUUGCCUAGUGACAUCGUACGAUGCUGCUGCAUCCGGCAGCAGGGUUGUCGCGACGGACAACAUCAACCUGGCAGCAGGGUUAAAGUGCAAUGGAGCGAUGGUGAGAUUUACGAUGGUUACUAUCGGUGUAUUUCGAAAACCAUCGAAUACACUGUCGUAUUCCCCAACGGAACCUCAGCUCGUCUACCAAGAGCCGACCUCUAUGGAGCUGAUGAUUUAGUCCCUCCAGAAGUUCGGAGACGUUUGCGCAAGUCGCAAUGA